UUCACAGUCCGCUUCAAUACUGCUUGAUCCUUAUACUGCCCAAUUCGCGUCUUGCGAAAUCUUGCCACGAUGCUGCGCUACUUUGGCGAAGUGCCUGAUUGGGAUCGGGCAAGGGUCGACCAAGAGAACCGCGUCCGGAAAGUCAUCGAGAGCAAUCCGAGUGAGGCAGACCAACUCGACGCCAUUGCGAAGAUACGUGGGUGGUACGAUCCUUGCAAUGAGGAGAACGCCGUCUUGAGCAAGUACAUGGCCGGCUGCCUGUCUCUGGAGGCUGCUAUCAACAUGCUGGCGGAGCCGAUCGACCACCUGUACACGACCGCCAACGACGGUCGUUUAUUCUACACAGCUGAGAUGGUCGCGAGAAGCCAGCGACACAUGUACGACACUGUAAAGGCUGAGGAGCUCUGGGGAUUGGAGCAAGACUUUCCUAUCUCGGAUGAAAUUGGGACCCCAUCCGUGGAAGGCAAGCUCUGGUGUCUGUGGUUCGCAGUCUGUCACACCGCCAGGAAGACACUGUGGGCCGACGAAGGAAAGCAAAUGAAAGCAAAUGAAACUUGUGGAUUUCGCUAG